AGGUGGGCGCAGCUUCUGAACGUGACCAACGGGUUGCUGCACUGACUACACUGAAAGCCUGUCAAACACAACCAACACAGCCAACAUGGCGGACUGGGACGCUGACAACUUCGAGCCGGAUGAGCCGAUUAAAAAGGCGGUAGCGCAGGACAAAUGGGAAGGCGAGGACGAAGAAGAAGAUGUUAAGGAUAAUUGGGAUGAUGAGGAUGAAGAAGAGGAGAAAAAAUCAGAGGGGAAAAAAACAGAGACAAAGGUGUCUGAAAAGAAAAAACUGAGUGAAAAGAUCAAAGAGAAAGAAAACCGAUUAAAGAAAAAACAACAGGAGCUUCAGGAGAAGGAGUUGGAAGAUGAAGAGGUACAGCUCACACCUGAGGAACAACUUGCAGAGAAGUUAAGAGUGAAGAAAUUACAGGAGGAUGCAGACUUGGAGCUUGCAAAAGAUGCUUUUGGUGUCAGCAGCACUUCAAACAGUGUUGCUGGGAUUGAUGCCAUGUGUCCAUCUUCCAAAGAAGAAUUCACAGAGUUUGAAAAAUUGCUGAAAGAAAAGAUAACUCAGUUUGAAAAAUCUGUGCAUUAUUCAAGUUUCUUGGAAUCAUUGUUUCGAGAACUUUGUAUUUCAUUGGAAGUAGAGGACUUGAAGAAAAUCAGUAAUUCCCUGUCAGUUCUACUUAGUGAAAAACAGAAACAAGAAAAACAAAACAAAGGAAAGAAGAAGAAGAAAGGGGUCUUAGCUGGAGGUGGUUUAAAAGCAAAGCUGAAAGACGACCUCGACUAUGCAGAGUUUGAUGGUGGUUAUGCCCAAGACUAUGAGGACUUCAUGUGACACUGGCUCUCUUUACUGCUCUCUCCCCCUCCCAGUCCUCAGAAGUACAACUGUACCUUCUCAUGCUGUCCAGUGCCAUCCUGGAAAAUCUGAACUAUGUGUUGCCCCCUUCAUUUUGCUUCAGUGACCAGAGGGACUAUACCAGGGAGCAUCAAGCCUCCUCACACCUAAUGUUAUUGCAUAUGGAAUUGCCUUUUCUGUCUAAUUCAGCCUCGACUCUAACACACAAUCACGUGGAAUCUGCUGUGUGACCCAGCUUCAAAGGAGAAGACAUUGUAACUGCUGUUGUCUGAAUUUGCAGGGCUCCUUUUUUUAUUAAAUGUUGCUCCUGUCAAAAAGGCAGAUACAGUAUUGCAGUUAUACGUGUAGUGACAUAGAAACAAGAUUCUAUGCAAAUUCUUAAACCAGAAUGUCAUGUAUAUAUUAAAGGUCACACUUACCUGUAGAUAGUUUUCUUACAGGAAGUGUAUAUAGUAUGUCUAACUUUGGUUGCCAAAUGCAGAACAAUUAUUCAGUACACUAUUCAUCUGUCUCUGGAAAAGUUGCAUUGUGAGUAAUUUGAGACAGCCGUAACAUGUAAGUAAUUUUACAGAGAGCACAUGACAUUCACUGUAAGAUAAAAAGGGAUAGAAGAGUUUAAUAAAAUGUGAUUUUAAAACCUCA